AAACUGUGAUGGUACAGAAAUAUGUUGUCACGCCAAUGAUAACUAGGUAAACUAGGUAAAUUUUGAAGAGGGGGUUGAGGUGUAGAGGAAGAGAUAUAAUCCCUCUACCAUGCCCGUAGCAAUGAUCAGCAAGCCUCGAAUGAGCAGCAAGCCCCGAAUGUCCCCUAUCAUGUUACCAUGGUGACGAGCUACUUGCCACCCGGACAAGCAGGUUCUUGACCCCACGCCUCACCGACAUUCAAUUGUUGAGGUUUAUCAGAAAAUGUUAUUGUUAUGAUUUAAACAGAUAUAAAUUUACAUAUAACACACAAAAACAAUAUAAGAUCCGUUUCUACAUUAGCUCCAUUUGUCGCGAACGUCAACCGUUUAAAGUUCAGAGAUGGCUGCGCUGCAAGGAAGCAAAUUAUUUAAACGAUGGUGAGAAAACAAGGUGAAUUCUUGUGAAAUGACUCUCGGUCGCGUUUGUAUCACCGCUUUCUGCUUGAGAUGAGGACAAGCCGCGUUAUUUGGAGAGCGCUGACUUCGCUGACUACCAUAGCUUGCGUGAUCGUGAUAUAUAACAAUGUAUGGAGACUAAGGACUCGGCAGCAGGAAAGAAGAGAAGCAGGGGGAGGUAGGGGGAAACUGCAUCAAGGCUACCUCCACGUUAUCAUUCAGUUCCCAGUUCUCUCUGCGCACGAUUCACGCAUGCGUGACAGGCAAGCCGAGUACAUGGAUACACUUGAAAAAAACCUUUUACAUGAGCUGGUCCGCGAAGUCCAUAUCUUGUGUGAGUCCUCUCGGGAAGUCUCCUUCAUCAACAACCUGCAGUUUCCAAACACCCACAAGCUAGUGCUUGCCGUAAACAAACGGCGCAUGCGUUACAGUGACGCCUUUCGAUACGCCUCCACGCGCCUUAUAGGGAAGACGUCAAUCAUAAUCAAUGCUGAUUGCUACAUCGGUCAAGGCUUCGAGAAAUUGGGUACCUGGCCUCGAAGCCAACGAAUAGUUUACGCUCUCACCCGACACGAGACCGCUGACAAUAUUCGAGCCUGUAAGACGAAAGAUUUUUGCGGUCCAAACUCAACUUAUAUUGGCUCCCAUGAUGCAUUUGUACUCCUGCCCAUAAGACCGCUCUCCGCGACAUUCCUUGAUGCCAUUGACUACAGACCAGACAUUGCGGGUGCGGAAAAUGUGGUGAUACGAGCGCUGAGGAAGGAUGGGUUUGUUGUGAGAAAUCCUUGCAAGAUUCUGUUCAUUUACCACAAUCAUUGCAGCAAAGCGAGAAACAAGAAGGGGAGACUAGUGCAAGGCAUGAGAUUAGAGCGAUAUCUCAACGUGACAAAAGGAAUUGCGAGGUUCUCUGGCUUAUGACUUUUAAAAUUCGUGUGUAUGGGGACACCAUAUACACUCUUUUUUAAUAAGAAGAUUUUUUUAAAAAUAAGAACGUCCAACCUGAGUUUCAAUAGUUGUAAGAGCUUGGCAAGGUACACACAAGCAGCGAAUUAUUGUUUUGUUAGUGUGAAAUGAAGAUUCAAAUUGUGUCCAUAAUAAAAUUCUUAAAUAUUAUUGCUAUUGAUCAUUUGUGCAAUUCUCCAGGGUCUAGAAA